AUGAGACGAGAUGUUCAACUUUCUUGUUCGAAAUUCCUCGAUCGCAGAAGCUCAAUUGCUCAAAAUUCUCAUUUCUGCCCUUCUGAAGGUGAGCACGCAGGACGUGACAUUGCAGCUGUCUUUUAUAAAGCAAUUAAUGAAUUCAAUAUCAAAGAAAAGAUUUUAGGAAUUACUGUCGAUAACGCCUCUUCCAACACCACUUUUAUGUGGGAAUUAACAUUCCUCAUGGACUUCGAUCAUGAAAAUCAGCAUUUUCGCUGCUACGCGCACAUUAUAAAUCUUGCGGUUCAAGAUUUGUUAAAAGAACUAAAACUCAAAGCAAGCAAUGAAAUUGAAAAUGAAUUAGAAGAAGAGGAUGAUUCUAGAGAAAAUGAGAGAACGAAUGAAAAUACGGAAACUAGAGAAAAUUUUGAUAAUUCUCUCAAGAAUAGGCACAAGGUUGAACAAUUUCGAAAAACAUCUUGGGGCAAAGAAAUGGAAACGUAUUCAAUAUCAAAAUUUGAAGAAAUUUAUAGAACAAAGUAUUAUGAGUCUUCUGAGACAAAAGAGAAUACAGAAAUAGAAGAAACUUUAGAAGCAAAUGCUGAAUCGAAUGAAGACGAAGAUAUUUUAGACUUGGAUUCUUUUUACGAAAACCAGAUCAGAAACCCUAAAACAAAAACAAAUAGAAACCAAUGGAAGCAUGAAAUAAAUAUGUAUUUAGCUGAAAAGAGAGCAGAAAAGGAUGUCGAUAUUUUAGAGUGGUGGAAGAUGCACGAAAAAUCUUUCAAAAGUCUUGCGAAAAUGGCUCGAGAUUACUUGGCUAUUCAAGCAACUUCCGUGCAAUCCGAACGCGUUUUUUCGAAAAAGCAAGAUAUAACUAAGGCUGCAAAAUCAUUGAAAGCAACAUUUGUUUCUGGUCCGGAUAAUAUUCCUAGCUUCAUAGUAAAGGAUUGUGCCUCAGUACUAGCUGAACCACUGACACUUAUUUUUAAUUUAGCCUUGAAAUCACGUAUUUUUCCUCAUGUUUGGAAAGAGGCCAAAAUCAUACCAGUGUAUAAGGUUGGAGAGAAGUCCAGAGUGACCAAUUAUAGACCUAUUGCCCUUUUGCAAAAUUUUGCUAAAGUUUUUGAACGAGCAAUUCUAAAUUCAAUUCUGUUACCACUUAUGAAUAUAAUUAUUGACGAGCAACAUGGCUGCGUUCGAAAUCGAUUUAUUCUUACUAACUUGCUUACUUUUACUCAAAUAGUUAAUACUGCUUUGCAAAGGGGAUUGCAGGUCGACGUUGCUUAUCUGGAUUUCUCAAAGGCCUUUGAUACUAUUGACCACCAAAUAUUAGCAAGGAAAAUGGUCACAAAAUUGGCGAUCCUGCCAGGAUACGUAUUGACUUUGUCUUUUUACGGAAAGUUGCUACAAACUCUUGAAACCGUAUCCCAAUACGAAUCUGCAGUCAACUUACUGUAA